AUUAGUUAGUUGUCGGAUUUUGUCGGGCGUGUUAAGCUGUGAAAGUUCAAAAAUUGUUGUAAUAUUUGUGUGGAAAAAAAUAAACAAUCAAUUUAUCUAUAUGUGAAACGGAAGAUGUAACCGCGAUUAAGUGUUGACACGCGAAUAAAACGAAACCGAAGCGUAUCGUGUAGUUGGCAGUGCAAAAAGAUCUGCAGAUCGUAGGCCUUACACAAUGUCAGCACGCAGCAGCGUUGUGACUGCGUCCUCGUCAACGGCCGAUGUGCCACGCCCGCCGCCACGUCGACGCGCCGCCUCUGUGGCGGGACAACAGCAGGCGCAGCAGCAGCGCUUGGAUUACAAUAACGGACACGCGCCACGCAGAUCGUUGGCAGCUGUGUUAAUAGGCGUGCAAUAAUUAACACUCUCCGUGGAUUAUAAAAACAACGUAAACAAUAUAUAACAAAAUAUGGCCGAGUCAACAACAACCACAAGCAAUGGUGAAGAUGGCCAAAUUCAUGGCUUCAAUAACAGUGAAAACGACACUGGCGACUCGUGUCACCUGCGCAUUGUUGUGCUCAGCGGCAAGUCCUUGGCCAAAAAGGACAUUUUUGGCGCCAGUGAUCCGUAUGUCAGAAUCGAUUUGAAUACAAUCAACGGUGAUAUUAAUAUUGACUCGGUUUUAACUAAAACCAAAAAGAAGACACUAAAUCCAUCCUGGAAUGAGGAGUUCAUAUUCAGGGUCAAACCGUCUGAGCACAAGCUGGUGUUUCAAGUAUUCGACGAGAAUCGCUUGACACGCGACGAUUUCCUGGGCAUGGUCGAGCUGACGCUGGUGAAUCUGCCCACGGAGCAGGAGGGCCGCACGAUUGGAUCACAGAGUUAUACGCUGCGUCCGCGCAGGUCAGUAGGCGCCAAAUCACGCAUCAAGGGCACCCUGGAGAUAUAUCAUGCCUUCAUACGCGAAACACGCGAACCGAGCGAACCCUCGAGCAACAACAGCGACGCCGAAUGGGAGCAUGUUGAGGCUACAAAUGCCGGCGAGCAAUCAGCACAGCCGCAUCCAUUUCCUAGCGGCGGCACGGAUGCAUUGCCCGCCGGCUGGGAGGAGCGACAGGACGCAAAUGGACGCACAUACUAUGUGAAUCAUGCGGCGCGCACGACGCAAUGGGAGAGGCCAACCAUCUUGACUAGCAACAAUAGCCAAAACGUUGAUCAACUGGCCUCCGAUUUCCAAAGACGUUUUCACAUAAGUGUGGAUGAAACGGAGUCGGGACGCGGGCCGGAUACGCGCAGUCUCUUGAGCAUAGAGGACAAUAACAAUACAACGCCCACAGCCACGACACCAACACAAAUCUCACGCAGACAGUCGCAAGCAUCAGCUAACAGCAGCAACAACAACAGCAACAAUUGUGAUACAAUAGUUGAGCAGGCCGAAAUAGAACCCGACCAAGUGGUGGACCAUGCCAGUUUUGUUUACAAUUCACUGCAACAUCGCGACACUGGUAGGGAGCCAGAAAUCUCGUCGACCAGCCUGCAAAACGAUUUGAGACCGGUGCGCCAGACACCUGGCCACAUGGUCAACACGGCCAUAACGAAUCUAUUGACGCGCCGCGCCAACGACAGCAGCCUGGGCCGCCAGCAAUUGGACAUCAGGCAGCAGAGACGACGCCAACUUCAGCUACAGAAUAGACAAUUGAGUGAAGACACCGAUCACACAGACAGCCACAAUCCCUCAGAGAUCUCAGCUCCGUCCACACGACGCAAUUCCGAGGAAGACAACGCGGCUGUGCCCACGGAUCAAACCGCAGCCAGUGAGGAGGAAGCGUUGCCACCGCGCUGGUCCAUGCAGGUGGCACCCAAUGGACGUACCUUCUUCAUAGAUCAUGAAGCACGCCGCACCACCUGGAUUGAUCCGCGAAAUGGACGCGCCAGUCCGAUGCCAAAUCAAACGCGACGCGUCGAGGACGAUCUGGGCCCCUUGCCCGAGGGCUGGGAGGAGCGCGUGCAUACGGAUGGUCGCGUCUUCUACAUAGAUCACAAUACGCGCACCACGCAGUGGGAGGACCCGCGCUUGUCAAAUCCAAAUAUCGCCGGCCAAGCGGUGCCCUAUUCGCGAGAUUACAAACAGAAAUACGAGUAUUUCAAGAGUCAUAUUAGAAAGCCUACAAAUGUACCAAAUAAAUUUGAAAUACGUAUUCGCCGUACAUCGAUAUUGGAGGACUCGUAUAGAAUUAUUAGUUCGGUGACGAAAACCGAUUUACUAAAGACUAAAUUAUGGGUAGAGUUUGAAGGAGAGACGGGCUUAGAUUAUGGUGGCCUUGCCAGAGAAUGGUUCUAUUUACUAUCCAAAGAAAUGUUUAAUCCAUAUUACGGACUCUUCGAGUACUCCGCCAUGGAUAACUACACAUUGCAAAUCAAUAACGGCAGCGGUCUGUGCAACGAGGAGCAUUUAAGUUAUUUCAAGUUUAUUGGUCGCAUAGCUGGCAUGGCAGUCUAUCAUGGCAAAUUGUUGGAUGCCUUCUUCAUACGUCCCUUCUACAAGAUGAUGCUGCAGAAGCCAAUCGAUUUAAAGGACAUGGAAUCUGUGGAUACUGAAUACUAUAAUUCGUUGAUGUGGAUCAAGGAGAACGACCCGCGCAUUCUGGAGCUGACAUUCUGCCUGGAUGAGGAUGUGUUUGGUCAAAAGAGUCAACAUGAACUCAAGCCGGGCGGUGCCAAUAUUGACGUGACCAACGAAAACAAAGAUGAAUACAUUAAACUUGUCAUCGAGUGGCGCUUUGUGGCGCGCGUCAAGGAUCAAAUGACUGCGUUCUUGGAUGGCUUUGGCUCCAUCAUACCGCUUAAUCUAAUCAAAAUCUUUGACGAGCACGAACUGGAGCUGCUGAUGUGCGGCAUACAGAAUAUUGAUGUUAAGGACUGGCGCGAAAAUACGCUAUACAAGGGCGACUACCACAUGAAUCACAUAAUUAUCCAAUGGUUCUGGCGCGCCGUUUUAUCCUUUUCCAACGAGAUGCGCUCCCGUCUGCUGCAGUUCGUGACGGGAACAUCACGUGUGCCCAUGAAUGGUUUCAAGGAGCUGUACGGAUCGAAUGGUCCGCAAAUGUUUACCAUUGAAAAGUGGGGUACACCCAACAAUUUUCCCCGUGCACAUACCUGCUUCAAUCGAUUGGACCUGCCACCCUAUGAGGGUUAUCUGCAGCUGAAGGAUAAGCUUAUCAAGGCCAUUGAGGGCAGCCAAGGAUUUGCCGGUGUUGAUUAAUAACACCGGUCCUGUGUGCGACGGCGUUGGCAAUGUGGUUGAUAGUGCCGAGCUGUGGCAAACAGUCCAGCAGUUAUAUGAGGAGGAGCAACAACGGCGACAAACUACAUCACAGCAAGGACAACAGCAGCAGCAACAGCAACCGCAACAGCAACAACAACUGCAGCAACCGCAACAGGGCAACCGCAUUGCAAUUACUAGGAACACCACCGCCACUCACUCGUGUACUUAUUUGUUCGUUUGCUUUUGUAUUAUAAUCAUUUUUGCUAGUUUAGUGCUGUUUCGUAUGUAUUUUUAGCUAGGCGAAAGCACACACAGCACAUACACACACCCACACACACAUUCGCUCCAGUGGCAGACCCAAGGUCCACAUAAUUGGAGCAGACUAUAUAAGCCCGUAAUAAUAAAUUGAAGGGUCUAAAAAUGAUUGUAUUGUGUUUCGCAUUUUGCCGAAAAAAAAAUUGUAUAAAGUAGAGAGAACCUAUAUGAAACUACAACAAAUUAAAUAUGCAUUGCCUGGACACAGACAGACAGAUAGACACAGGUCGAGAGAAUCAACUAAGUAUACAACAAAAUGGAAAAUAUAUAUCUUAUAUAAAGUUUUUUUAUAAUUGUUAUUUUUAUGCAAUAUUCGUCUAUAACAAAUGUGUGACAGAAAAGUUUUGCCUAACUCACAUCUGAUAAAGACCAUUUAAAUGUAACUUUUUUAUUCUGUAUAACUAUUUAAAAAAUGUAUGUGUAUUUAAAACUGAUGUUGACUGUGCAUAAGUCUCUCCAAUUUUAAAUGAUAAAGUUAAUAAAUAACUGCAAAACAAUGCCACUAAAUCGCAAAUCAAA